CCGGUCCCCUCGCGCCCCCCACCGGCCCGGCCCCGCGCGCCCCCCGCCCGCCCGCAGCCAAGUCGGGGCGCGCCGCCCUCCGCCGCCUCCGCCUCCGUCUCCGCCCCCACGGCGCGGCCGCCAGCUCGGAGCGCGGCUGCCCCGGCCGGCGGCGGCGCGAUGGGCUGCGGGAACUCCACGGCCACCAACGCGGGCGCGGGCCGAGGCCCUGCAGGAGCAGCCAAAGACGUAACAGAAGAAUCUAUAACAGAAGAUGACAAGAGGAGAAACUACGGAGGGGUGUAUGUUGGUCUCCCAUCUGAAGCUGUCAGUGCGGUUCCCAGCCAGAGCAAGACUGUACGCAAAAAUUAGAAGAAACUAAUCUGACUCGAUAAUCACAAGCUUGCUUGUCGAGACGCGGCAGGGAUUUCUUUCCCUAGGACAUUGUCACAUGCAGACGUUUCCACGGAAAUUCUAAACAGUCGCC